GUCCACGCCAGGCCCCAGGACCGAUAGAGGGCAGCCAGGGGCGCGAAGUCCAUCCAGCGUACGAGUGCUUGGGAGUCGCGGGCUCCAGAGGCCCAACGUUCUGGGCAAAUCAAGGCAUCGGAGGUCUAGAUGUGCGGCGGGAUGCGGCCAUCGGCUCGCCCACAGUGACGUGGCCACCUUACCCGCGCACCUCCCCCCGGUGUCUACAGCAUGAGUUCGUCCUGAAGGAGGCGCUCGACCUGGGGCGGCGAGAAGGCGACAUCACUGCGCACACAGGGUACGCCGGCGGCACCAGAGUUGGUGACCUGGAUCGCGUGUGCUACAAUGCCAUGUACGGUUCGCCAGACCAUGUUUCAGGCGGCCAUGCGCAAGUUGUGAGCAUGUUUCUCCCUGAAGAUCGGAUAGCAGACUUCACCAAGUUGUUUCUGGACGACAUCCCGAAGCAGAGGGUCUUCGAGAAGGGACCGCAGUACCGCGCAGUUAUCGGGGUUCGCAAGGGUAUGAAGUCUAAGGUGUUUCCCUUGAUCCAGGAGGCCGCUGCUGGGAGGGUCACCUUGGUCGAAGGCGCCGGGGAUGAGAAGGACACCUUCGCGACAGUCUACAGGGAUCAGGUUUGCCUCGUAUCCCUCAUCCUCGGGGUGGGCGCAGUCAUCUUGCCCCGCUUCCUCGGUAUUCUCUUGCCUAUCCCCCGGGCGGACACGGUUUACGUCUAUGAUUCUAGGAAGUUUCCUUGGAGACCUGCCGAGACGUAUAACCAGUUCAAGGACGACCCGCCAGAGAAGUUCGAGUUCGAUUACCGAGAGCUCAGGGAAGUCCAGCUGAAGGGCGGCAUGAUUAGCUCGAACGGGUGCCCAUAG